AAUGUAAAACACAGUUAUUGUGGAAAUCAUUUGAAUAGCAGAUACAGUUUCGCGCGGUUGUCAGCGCUUGCGCAUUUAUAAGCCGGUUCUAAGAUAUACAUAGAUAUAGGUAACAUAAAUAAUGGGUGGUAACUACUCUGCAAUGGAUCCGAUGGACAUCCCAGUCCCUGAUUUGGAGCAAUUAUUUGAACGUGACGGCUAUUUAAAGCCUUACGAGAGGGAAAUACGGCGCAGAUAUGGCUGCUUCAAGGAUCUGUGGGAUAAGAUCCAGUCGUGGGAAGGCGGCAUGGAGGGGUUCACUAAGGGGUACCAGUACUACGGGCCCCAGUACAACCAGGACGGAUCUGUGACCUGGAGAGAGUGGGCCCCAGGGGCGCACAGCAUGCAUUUACAGGGAGACUUUAACGGCUGGAACAACAAAAGCCAUGCAUUCAAGAAGCUCGAGUUCGGGAAGUGGGAGCUCCACAUCCCCGCCAACCCCGACGGCUCGUGUCCCCUGAAGCACGAGAGCCGCCUGCAGAUCAUCGUCAACGACAACUUGUACCGCAUCUCGCCGUGGGCCAGCUACGUGAAGCCGUUCGAGGGGUUCACCUACCAGCAGUUCAUUUAUCGGCCUGAACAUCCAUACCAGUUCAAACAUCCUAAAGUGAACCGGCCCGAGUCUCCUCGCAUCUAUGAAUGUCAUGUCGGCAUUGCCACUCCCGAUGGCAGAGUCGGCACUUACAACGAAUUCAAGGAUAAUAUCUUGCCAAGGAUCAAAAACCAAGGAUACAAUGCUAUUCAACUCAUGGCAAUCAUGGAGCAUGCUUACUACGCAUCUUUCGGAUACCAAGUCACCAGUUUCUUCGCUGCAAGCAGUCGCUACGGCACUCCGUGCGAGCUGAAGCAGCUGAUCGACAGAGCCCACGAGCUGGGGCUCUACGUGUUGCUGGACGUGGUCCACUCACACGCCUCCAAGAACACCCUGGACGGCUUGAACGAGUUCGAUGGAACCAACGCCGGGUACUUCCAUGACGGACCCAGGGGCACGCAUCCGCUGUGGGACUCGAGGCUAUUCAAUUAUUCUGAGACUGAAGUGCUCCGGUUUUUGCUAUCAAACCUGAGAUGGUAUCAAGAGGAAUAUCAAUUCGAUGGAUUCAGAUUCGACGGCGUGACCUCAAUGCUGUACCACAGCCGCGGCGCCGGCGAGGGCUUCUCCGGUCACUACGACGAGUACUACGGACUGAACGUGGACACCGAGGCGCUGGUCUACCUCAUGCUGGCCAACGAGCUCGUGCACUCUAUCGACUCACGUGCCGUCACUAUUGCUGAGGACGUAUCAGGAAUGCCGGCGUCAUGCCGUCCGGUGAAGGAGGGCGGCACCGGGUUCGACUACCGGCUGGCGAUGGCCAUCCCGGACAUGUGGAUCAAGCUGCUCAAGGAGGAGAAGGACGAGGACUGGAAGAUGGGCCACAUCGUGCACACGCUCACUAAUAGGCGGUGGAAGGAGGGCACUGUGGCUUAUGCUGAGAGUCAUGACCAGGCGCUAGUAGGAGACAAAACCAUUGCGUUCUGGCUUAUGGACGCGGCAAUGUACUCGCACAUGAGCACGCUCAGUGAGCCCAGCGCCGUGGUGGAGCGCGGGCUGGCGCUGCACUGCAUGAUCCGGCUCAUCACGCACGCGCUGGGCGGGGAGGCGUAUCUUAACUUUAUUGGCAAUGAGUUCGGUCACCCCGAGUGGCUGGACUUCCCUCGCGCCGGCAACAACUCGUCGUACCACUACGCGCGGCGCCAGUGGAACCUCGUCGACGACCCGCUGCUGAAGUACAAGUUCCUCAACCAGUUCGAUAAGGACAUGAAUUUACUGGAGGAAAAGUACCGCUGGUUGAGUGCAGACCCGGCUUACGUAUCCUGCAAACAUGAAGGCGACAAGGUGGUGGCGUUCGAGAGAGCUGGCCUGCUGUUUGUGUUCAACUUCAAUACGACGCAGAGCUUCACGGACUACCGAGUGGGCGUCAAUGUCAACGGAGACUACAGGGUGGUCCUAAGUACGGAUAGCAAGGAAUAUGGCGGAUUUGGUCGAGUGGAGCCUGGCAACCAUGUGCACCCAACGCAGAGCAUACCCUGGGGAAACAGGAUCGAUUCUAUACAAGUGUACUGUCCCAGCCGGUCUGCCAUCGUCUACGCUCGACAAUAAGGACUCUCAAUACUUAUUACUGUUAAAAUAAGUCUGAAAAUAUAACUAUUCUUUUAACUAGUUUUUAAGAGAAUGAGUAUAGCCAUAUGCCUAGUCUGCGAUUUUAUUUUUGUUACUUGUAUUGGAUUUGAAAGUAAUCUUAUUUUUUAUAGCAGUAUACUGUUGAGUUUUAUAUUAUCAUGUUGCAGAGUUUAAUGCUUUGUUUUUAGUUAUGUAAAUAUUAAAAACAAAUGUAUAUUAUAA